CAUUUCCCCAUCACGAAAUCCCAUAAUUACCAGCCAUCCGCAAUUCGAGCAACACCAGAAUGGAUCUCCCAGCCCCGACUACCGCACAUAUUAACCAUGGCCCUCCCAUCGGGUUCCUGCAUGCUCACCUUUCACCAAUUCUCUCCAAAUUGUUCAAUGAUCGACAAGGCGACGACGGAUCGACCGACUCCAAUUCGCAGUUGCUGCAUCCUGCCAUGAUCCCUCCCUGAGCCGUCUGCCCAAUCCCGACCAUCGACCCUUCCCAAUAUUCAACUCGGUUUUUUUUAAAGACUGCUUUGAAAACAAAACAAUCUUCAAAGCAGUCUUCCUCGGCCUUAUUGGCCUCUGUCGAAAUGCGCUUGCUCCCGUCUUCUUCGCUCGUCCUGGCUCUCUCUGCACAGGCCAUAGCUCACCCAUUCCUCCCCGGCCUGCUCCGCGCGAGAGACGGGAACCACGACGGUACGAAGACGACUGCUACCACCACCCGAGCCGGAUAUUCCGUCGUUCCCAUCGAUGGCGGGUGUUCGGGCCCGGACUGCGAUGCGCCUACCGUGACUGUCACCAGGUCUACUGCUUCGACGUCCUUGCCGUCGUCCAUCGACAUCAGCUUCACUUCCGUCAUCACCACGCGCACGCGCAUCCCUGUCGUGCCCAUUGACGGCGCCCCUACGACUGUUAUCGUCUAUGAUCCGACAUUAAGUCAUUCCUCGACCUCUUCCUCUUCUUCCUCUUCCGACAUUGCGAGCAGCACAUCCACGAACCCUCCUAUAAUUUCCCAGCCUCCAUCGCCCAGUUCCUCCGAGGCCGUCUCCUCUCUCUCAUCAGCGGUGUCUUCCGAAUCCUCGAUCCUUCCAUCUCUUCUCGAUCCGACACCCUCUGCGUCUGCGGCUCCGGACGACCCCCCCGACACGGACCCAACUGGACCGAUCUCGUCGACUUCCGAGCCACCCGCAUCCUCCUCCAGUGUGGAGCACGAGCCUACCAUUUCCGUAUCCACAUCCGUCGAAUGGGGCUCAGAACCUCCCCUGCCGACUUCCAUGUCAUCGGAAUUCAGCUCGCGGCCAUCAUCCUUUGCAUCAUCCUUUGUAUGGUCGGAGGUUUCGCCCACCGUAUCCAGUGACCCCUCAUCCUCUCCCAUACCUACCAGCUUCACCGACUUUCCGACGACGCUUAUCACCUCCGUGUCGAGCAUUACCGAUUUUUCCAGUGCCCAGCCCUCCUUGUCUAGCCAGAGUUUCGACAACGGCCUGUGGCACAGCUCCAAAUAUCCUUCUUGGAACGGCACUAAUAAUCGCUAUUUCAAAUGAGUUGAACAUUGUUUGUGGGUGGGACGAAGACCUUGGGCACCAAACGACAUAGAAAAAGAGGCAAUGAUGGGUCAUUAUUUAUAGGGUCUGGAAAUCUGCAUUGAGAGCGCGGCGCACUUGAUUUUGUUUUAUUGGGUUUUUCUUUCUUUUCCCACAGGACAUAUUGUCAAGGGAUCAAACACGCCGAUCAUGGUUAUGCAUUACAGAACAUGAUAAACGCAGAUCAAUCGGUGAACCUGGGCAGGCUGCAUUCUGGAUUCUGCUAUUACAAAAGCAGGCUCACUGACCAUACAGUAUACUAUACUAUUGACAGCCUAUGUAGAUACAAUGGGUAGCACAAUUGACUCUCGGUAUCUCCCUCUAUCCCGG